CUCGUAAACCGCAGUCCGUUCAUCGCGGAAUAACUCUAACGAGGCAAAUUCUCACUUUUGUUGUUUACUUAACAAUAAAUAAAUAAAAUUGAAUAAAGGCAUCAAACAGUAUCGUACACGGAUUUCUUUUUACAUUGGUCGCAUCGCUCAAUCAUUACGGUAUAAUACAUUUAACGUCGAAAUCGAACAAAAACGGAAACAUAUUAUAAUUUUAUAUAAAAAGUGAAAAUUGAAAUUUGAGUUUUUCUCUUAAUACAUAAGAAAGAAAAAAAAAACAACUGUAUCGCUAGUACACGUGCACAGGGUCUGUUGGAAUAAAAUUCACUGCCAUCGAUUACGAUUCAACCCCAUUUGGAGAUUGUUAUUAUAAAAAAAGAGAGUUAAAAAGAAAUACUGACAAAAAUGGAUCAGCUCGUACGGACGGUGGUGGACGGUUACCAUGAUUUGAUGGACAACAAAAGUGAUCCAAGGGUGAACGGCUGGUUCCUGAUGAGCGGCCCACUACCAACGGCGAUCAUAUGUCUGACGUACGCCUACUGCGUGAAAGUGUUGGGACCUAAAUUGAUGGAGGAUAGAAAACCGAUGGACUUGAGGCGGGUCAUGAUAUUCUACAAUCUAUUCCAAGUCAUAUUCUCCUACUGGCUAUUCAAAGAGUCUCUGGUAGCCGGAUGGGGAGGCCAUUAUUCGCUGAGUUGUCAACCGGUUGAUUAUUCGAACGAUCCUCUCGCGGUCCAAAUGACCCACGCCUGUUGGUGGUACUACAUAUCGAAGUUCACGGAAUUCUUCGACACGAUAUUCUUCGUAUUGAGGAAAAAGAACGAACAGGUUUCGACUCUUCACGUCAUCCACCACGGUCUCAUGCCGAUGUCCGUAUGGUUCGGAGUCAAAUUCACACCAGGUGGCCACAGUACGUUCUUCGGUCUGCUGAAUACCUUCGUCCACAUAAUAAUGUACUCUUACUAUCUCCUGGCUGCCCUUGGACCAAAAAUGCAGCCGUACCUCUGGUGGAAGAGAUAUUUAACCACUCUGCAGAUGAUUCAAUUUGUUGCCGUAAUGGUCCACGCAUUCCAGCUUCUAUUCAUCGACUGUAAUUACCCGAAAGCCUUCGUAUGGUGGAUCGGACUUCACGCGGUCCUCUUCUACUUCUUAUUCAGAAAUUUCUACCAAGAAGCUUACAUCAAGAAGGCUGCCGCAAAGGUUGCGAAAAAUUCGGCGUCGGCAGCCGUUGAAAACAAAAAGGAAUCUACUCUUCAGAGCAACGGCAAUGCAAAGGUCAACGAAGAUUCCGACGGAAUUCGUAGCAACGGUAAAAACUGCCCCGCAUCUUCUGGCAAUAAGGAUAACAAGGCAGAAAUUUAUGCCAAUAAUUACAAAAUGGCCACCGGUUAUAUUUCGGGUAACGGUUUGAGGAGUAGGGUAUUCAUAGACGAUAGUAGAGAGGAACCAGCGGCGAAUAAUUAUAGCUAAUAAUCAAUACAAUAGAUCUCACAUAUUACACUAUGAAUACCUGACGAAGCCAACGAAAUUCUCAAUCAAACGAUAACAAUGAUAAUAAUAUCUACGAUCAGCUGACGGUUUAUAUAUUUUUAACUGUUUUUUUUUUUGUUUUGUUUUUUUUUUCGUUUUUUA